AUGCUCAUACCAAGUCAACAGAAGUCAAUCAUCCCAAUUAUUCACAAAUCAACCCCCAAAUUUCUAGGAGACAAAUGCAUCAACGCAUGCAUACUGAACCUGAGCCGGCGUCAGCCACCGAUUGUCCCAUCUGCUCAUCGUAACCCACCUCGGCUUCUCCACGUCCCUCUCCAGCACAACGCCGGCGAGGGUUCUCAGCCCCGCACUAUUCAGAUCCGGACGCCCGUACCUCUCCGCCGCCAGUUCCCUCAAAUCCACCGUGUUGUUGUUGGACUCGAGCUCGUAGUCCUCCUCGAUCUUCUCCAGGUCCUGAUACACGCCGACUCCGACGAACGUGUAGCUAGGGUUCGCGAGGAAGUCGACGAGCGAUUUGGGAAUAUAGGGGGCGUGGAUGAGCUGGUAGACGAGACAGCGGCGGCCGACGCAGAGCUGAAGGGUGGCCGCGGGGUUGCUGUAGUUGCGGUUGAACGAGGGGCGCCACUCGACGUCGAGUCCUACCACUAG